GCGAGGGCGUACAUGUCGCAAAACGUUAGUGCACGAUCAGACUUUGAAAGGAGAAGGAAUCAUAACAUUAGAAUUAUAACAGCAGAAACCACUUAAAAAAUCACAAAUUAUUUAUACAAUAAUAAGAGAAUCCAGUGAAAUAUGCAAGACGAGUCAAAAAAUACACCGAAGUUGGGACGCUUUCGAAGAGGUCACAAUGCGGGCACACCGGAGACUGCAAAGAGAAAUCUUUUAGAAACUACGUUACCUAGUGUUCGUGGAAAUACUUCUCGUACAACUUUAAUGCAGGAUGACAUUAUGCGAAAGCAGAAAUUACCAAAAAUUACUAGCAAAAAGAUCGCUGCAAACAGACAGUCGAUUAUGCCGUCGCAACUGUUGUUGGACGUAUCAAAAAAGGCAGACACUGAAUCGAAGGAGUUGGAAUUCGGGCUUCUCUACGAUGAAUAUUUGCAAGUCAAGCUGAUGGAUCUCAUAAUGAAGAAGAAAACCGAAGAGAAGAAGCAAUUGAUGGUCAUGCAGUUGGCCACUGUAGCGCAAGAACUUGAUCAGGAUACACAAAAGCUGAUCAAGAUCAAAAAGAGGGAACGUGAUGUAAUAAACUUACAUUUGGAGCAGGAAGAGAUAGACGUACAAAUGGAUGCAGUAGCAAAGUGUACUAAGAACGAAACGUUCAAAUCUGCAAAGGCCAUGGUAUCCAAGUUACGAUCUCUCUUGGAGCCUCUGGAUGUGUUACGGUGUAAUGGCAUAAUACUUCCCGAAACGCAGGAAGAAUGGAAAGAAACUCAGGAGAUAUUAACGAGAUGUUCAAGUGCCUUGAAGAACAUUAUGAAUCUGAUUGGCUCCAAAGGUGAAGCAUAUUGCACCAUGAGUGCUGGAUUGAAGGAUUUCGACGAAACGCAUAGCGAGAUAGAAAACCUCCAGAAAAAAUUGGAAGAAGCGCUUUGCAAUUUGCAAGUACUCGUACUGAAAAAUACCUCGCUCUCGCUAACGUACAACGGGAGUCAGUAAAUAGGCCUAGGAAUAUUAUAAAAAAUAGGAAAUUGAAGAAACUAGGAGCUUGCCUGUACAAAUAUCUCACGAGACAUGUUCUAUAAAUAUUUUCCAUAAAGCAUUUGUUACUGAGAAAUUCAUAAAAGUAUUAAAUAAAAUCUAUUUUAUAUAUUGAUAGAA